UUCAUUUAUCAUUUCUCUAUAUAGUCUGAAAGUAACCAUGUACUGUUAGUACACUUUUGAGGUACUUGUUUUUCCAUUUGAUGCGAGUUUAUACUUCUAUUCUUCCACAUUUAAGAGGAAAACAAUGUACUCUUCACUCCUCUGACAGAUAAUGUUAAAGAUGUAUCUCUUGGAUUAUACAAGGUCUUAUAAAAUGUGAUAUUUUUGUAUGAAUUAAACUGCAUAUAAAUUAGUAAUAGUUGGCUCAUCUUCGACUCAAAUGAAGGGAUUAUACUUGCAUUUUACAAUGCCUUCUACUUUUGCUUGAUCAAGGGCUCUGCCUACUUCCUCCACUGUUGUUUUUAAAUUGGACACAGAAUUACAGAAGCUGUUAAAGUAUUUUUUCAAGGGAAUUCAGUAGUAAUAACGCCAAUUAGAUCCUGUUCCUGUUGAUAUACAUCCUGCUGAUUAGUGAUAUAAUAAUUUGAGCCAGGAGGCCAGGCAUCAUCUGUCUUAGUGCUACUUCAUUAGAGGUGUGUGACCUCUAAUGAAAACAUGAUUGCAAUCGGCGAUGGCAUUUUUACUGUGUGGACGUGUCGCAUUCUCAAAGCACGAGCGGAACCGGGAGCGCGCACUCUGUCCCCCCUUCCCGUCCUCCUCCCAAACAACCACACACAGAAUCCACCAUCCAGCUUCCACUGCUGGAGGGGGGCCCACAUGCAUUGAAGGGACCAACGUGAACGCGCCUGGUUCUUCUUUCACCGUCGCUCGCACUCGAGCCGUUCCUCCGCGCGCGCUCCCACUCAGAGACAGGCUUCAGAGAGCCCGGAGAGCAGACGAGCGACAGCGGGGGAGAGAGAAAGAUGGAGGUGAGGGUCGGGGAGAGACUCUUGUGCCUGGCUGUGCUGUCCAGCGUCUUCUGCGUGGAUUCAGUCCUAGGGAAAUACGUCAAAGGCAUCGUGAACACCAAAGAGGACUGGGUUUUCCUCACUCGCUUCUGCUUUCUCACCGACUUUGGACGUCUGGACUUCCGGUUCCGCUAUCCAAAGUCUCGUUGCUGUCAGAACAUAUUGCUCUACUUUGAUGACAGUUCUCAGUGGCCAGCUGUGUACAAGAGGCCUGAAAAGAACUGCUACCAGAAGGAAGCGGUGCUGAGGCCUGAGAACAACCAGGUCAUCAACCUCACAACACGCUACACUUGGUCGGGCUGUGUGGUUGAGGGAGACGGGAACGAGGAGGUUCUGAGCUGCGUGGGCGGCCGUAGUUUUCGCUCUGUGAGGGAAAGAUGGUGGUACAUCGCUCUCAGCAAGUGUGGGGGCGAUGGCUUGCGGCUGGAGUAUGAGAUGAAACUGACCAAUGGCCAGUCAUUCUGGACGCAGCAUUUUUCUGCAGAUGAGUUCGGAAUCUUGGAGACAGACAUUACGUUCCUGGUCAUCUUCUCCAUGGUGUUCCUCCUCUCCUGCUACUUUGCCUACAAUCUGAAGGGAAGACAGCUUCUUCACACAACCUACAAAAUGUUUAUGACAGCGGCAGGUGUGGAGGUGCUCAGCCUGUUGUUCCAUUGUGUCUACUGGGGCCUGUAUGCUAGAGAUGGAGUCGGCAACGGCAGCCUGAAAAUACUUGGGAAAUUACUAUUCUCCGUCAGUUUCUUGGUGUUCCUUCUGAUGCUCAUAUUGCUGGGCAAAGGUUUCACUGUCACCAGGGCAAGGAUCAGUCACAGUGGGUCGGUUAAGUUGAGCAUCUACAUGACAGUCUACACAAUCACCUAUGUCAUCCUCUUCAUCUACGAGGCAGAGUUCUUUGACCCAGGUGAAGUGCUAUACGCUUACGACAGCCCUGCAGGCUACGGACUGAUGGGCUUGCAGCUGCUGGCCUACGUGUGGUUCUGCUACGCCGUGCUGGUCUCUCUAAAACACUACCCUGAGAAACAGCCCUUCUACGUCCCUUUCUUCACCACGUACACACUAUGGUUUUUUGCAGUGCCAGUGAUGGCUCUGAUCGCCAACUUUGGGAUUCCACGUUGGGCCCGGGAGAAGAUCGUCAACGGCAUUCAGCUCGGCAUCCACCUCUACGCUCACAUCGUCUUCCUCGUUAUCACACGACCUUCAGCAGCCAAUAAGAACUUCCCAUAUCAUGUUCGGACGUCCCAGAUUGGGAUCCUGCUGUCUAGUCCGAAAGCAGGCGAGGGAGCGGAGAGCUUCCCCCAUCAUGCCUACGGAAAUAGCUCCUUCCUGGGAGACUCUCAACCCAACUUCACUGAACUCUUCUCCAUCCAAUCAGAUCCGGUGAAGACGGUGGAGGAGACGGUGGCCCGUAAAGGACCCGAAGUGCCAAGGAACAGCGAGCAGAAGAUUAUCACCACUGCUGCUGACUUGACGUCGAUAUUGCCCCCACCUCCGCCCCCGAUACCACCACGUCCGGCCGCACGCUCGCCCCCGCAGCCGCCCCGGCUCCCUUCCUUCACCGAGUAUUUCAGCAUGCAGGGCGGAGGAGGAGGGGGGUUCGGAACAAAAGCAUAAGACGGAGAGAAAGACGGAGCAGAGGGCAGCACAGAGGGAGAGAAUGACAGUACAAAGUAAAGAGUGGAAUCAAGGUGUUACUGUUUAAAGACCAAAGGGACGGGCGUAAGAAGUUUGGAUGGACGAAGUGGAGAAAUCACUAGAAAAGUGAAUCCCUAAACGGUCCCUUUUCACCUGUGAAUGGAAAUAACCCGAAUGGAGGAGUUGAGGGGGAAAUGGCUGUAAGAUAGGAGUGCUGAGCUUGUUAAAGAAUAAAGAAGCAAUAAAUAUUUGAUUCUGACCAGUAAAAGGCACACAGGGAGAAAGAUGACAAAGUGGAUGUAGCCAGAGCAAUAGAAUGAUAGCUGUGCACGAUGCGGAAAUGAACACAAUUCUUGAAAUACUUUUAUUCAAAAAUUCAUGAGGCAUUGAUGGUGUGCCUGGAAGAGUUUGUAAAUAGCUAAAACUGGAGAGAGCUACAAAUCUAUAUAGUUUUAUUUAAAAAAAAAAAGUUUUCAUGCUUUUUCUUUCUCCACAUUAGUAAAUUCCAGUUGGUGCUGUGACCAUCAAAAUAAUCUCAUGCCAUUACAUUUAUCCAAUUCAUUUAAAAAAAACAAAAACUUUUUUUUAUGUUUGACACAUUUUGAUAAAGUAUAGAUAUUUACUCUAUAUGGAGUUUGUUGGGUUAAUUUAUAUUCUUAUAUGCCUUCAUUGCAGCUGGUUAUUCUGGAUUGAUAUGCUGAUGUGUAAAUGUAAAAUGUCACGUUUACUGUGGGCACUUCUAGGUACUCGUAAAACACGCAUGUUUGUAUUGUAUUUCCCGUCCAAAAAGUUGAUAAAUGUACUUCAUGUGACCAUACAAUAUUCGCUUAUUGUGUGUAUUGAAAUCUAUACUUUUGUAAAUACAUACAAUAGGCUUUAGUAUAUUUUUGACUGGAUAAAUUCUGUUAUUUGUUAUUCCAAUCAAAACCCUCUUGCGCUGUCUGAAACACAAUGUCAAACCAAUAUCACACUAUAUUGGUUUUAAUUGAAGAGUGCAGAAUAUACCUGCUCAAAAAUGUCAUUUCUGUGUAUGUAGACGUUGGUGAAUGUACUGAUGCAAUACAGCACAAGGACAGGGGUGAUUUUAAAGUUACUGGAAUAACUAGAACAAUACCUUUUGUCAAACUCUCUUUUCUUUCUUUUUGGCUUCCAGCUCCAACACAUCCAUGAUUUAAGUGCAGGAGGCUGCCUUUUCCCAAAAACAAGUAACUUUAUCCUCACCCCUGUCUAGUACCUGAAACAUGAGUAUUCGUUAGCUUUAUCUCACUUUAAUGUUUAAAGUGUGCGAAAAGCUGAACAAAUAUUAGUGGUUUUGUAUCCCUAAGCUUUGACAUUGAUCGAUGACAAAAAAAAAAAAAAGAGCGUUGUAGCUGAACUGUGAAAACGGCAACACAACUGUACAUUUUGUCUGUCCUGCAUGGAGCACUUUAAUGUUCCUGGUCUUAGUCUGUUUAUUUGUGAUGAUGUCACCUUAUAAGACUGCUUUGAAACCUGUAUUCACACCACAUCGAGAUGUCAUCUAUUCCAGAUGCAUACACCUGUAAAUACAGUCUGAAAAUGUCGUCAACUGAUCGGACACUUUAGGGAACGUAUCAUGCUUAUUAGCGUAAUUUAACAUUGAAUUACUGAAAAGUCAUAAUGAUAAGUCAUGUGAGUUCUCCACCAGCUCACUGCAGUUCAGAAACUGAAAACAAUCUUGAGCCUUCAUUGAUUUCUAAAAAUGGUGGUACUCAGCUAAUAGAUUUAUCUAUGGCAAUCCUGCAGUAAUGGAGUACUUUAAGAUGUUAGCACUGUGGUGUAUAACUUGUGAGAGUUUAUCAGAGGUGUAACUUAGUCUGUGAAACAGAACGAUUUCUGAUUACAUGUCUGGUUUAUAUUAGGCAUGUCUGCCAUUUUGUCUGCUGUUGCCUAUUGUUACGGUUGCCAUGACUUGACUGAAUAGACGCUGGGUAACUCGACUAACAGACAAGCUUACUGACACUGUAUCAAAGCUUCAACCUUGUGUAUACUGACAUACAAUUACAGGACUGAGACACACUCUUAAGGGACAGAACUUAAAGAAAAGAGAUUAUGUAUGCAUGACAGAAAACAGCACAGCUUUUAGGCGACUCAGAGAGAUCUGGUUAAGAGCACAUCACCAGAGCACUGAUCUAAUGCAUUUUAAUGGUGUCAAUUCUAAAUACGCUGUACAUAUACACUUUUUGCCAAAAUAAAAAAAAAAGGUUUUAUUAGA